AUAUAACGAUAAGGACGAUAACGUGAUGGCACCCAACAGCGAUGCGCGGUUGCGCGCCAUUUUAAAUUACACGCUUGAACAAUUUUCCCAAGAAACAAUGAGCUGAAAAUCCCCAAGUCAGCGUUGCAUUUAGCACUAUAGCUUUAUACAGCCAUGGCUUCGCUUGGGGAAAUACCAUCGGAUAAAAGUAUGGUUAACGGUGAAAAAGUUUUGGUCAGUGAUACGAAAACCGAGGACUUAGAAUAUCUUUUGGAAUGCUGUAUGGAGAAACUGGAUGAAGCCGAAGCAAGCUUAACCAGUAUUACUGAAAUGGAGAACCGUGUUAACGAGAAAGGCUUUCAAGUCCAAAGCGAAAUAAAACGAACUGCUGAAAGUAUGAUUGAGACGAUCCAGCAACGAAAAUGUGAAAUGGGCUCCCAGGUGAAGUCUGCCAUGAAAGCCAAGCAGAAAGCAUUGAACUCGCAAAAGAACAAACUUAGUUCGUAUGUGGAGUCCUUAAAGAGUUCUAUGGAGUAUUCCAAAGAUAUUUUAAACAACAAUGAUAGUGAUGCAAGCCAGUGGAAGCCUGCCUUAGUAGAAUUACUUCGAGAAGUGGUGGACGAGCAGAUAGAUCAUGAGCCUGCUGCGAAUGAGAGUUUUGAAUUGACUGUAAACGAAGAGGAAUAUAUGUUUGAUUUAGAAGAAUUUUUCACUCGGCUUUGUACACGCAGGAGAAGUCAUCUCUCAUCAACGGACACUUAAGACGUUAAUUAAGAAAGAUAAUUGCUUUAUUAUAUUUCACAACAAGAUUAAGAUUGUAGAACCAGUGUGGAACUGAGUUGUUCUGUCAGUCGAGAAAAUCCGUGAUUCGAAGAAACUUUUUAUAGUGGUAAUAUUUGAACAACUUUUUUACUCACGACUUUGACUUUGUCCAAAGCGAAGAAGUCAUCAAACAGACACUUGAAAUGUUAAUGAGGGAUAUAAUUUGUUAAUAAUAGUGCAUUACAAGAUAGAGUUGCUAGCCUUUCACUCUUCUCUUCGAGAAAACUUGCAUUUAAUAUGAAAAUUUUAUUGCGUUUUACUUUUUUACGUGUUUUGUAUGUAAGGCGAAGAUGUUAUCUCUUCACGAAUCUCUCUUUGAUUAAAAAAAUUAAUGAGUUAGAUAAUUGUUAAAUAAUGACCCGUUUAUACGAGAGGCUUUGAAAACCAUGACAUGAUGCCUCAGGACCAUCUUGGGCCAAGCCAUGAUUUGAAGAAAAUUUUUAUAUCGCAAAAAUUUUGGAAUCGAUAUUUUUGAUAUGGCUUUGUCAGAGAAAUAUUGGACCCUUGACAUGUCAAUGAGAAAAUAACAAGAUAGAAUCAGUGGUGUGGAACUGUUCCCAU